AUGGCUUCUACUGUUCCCUCGUUGCCACUCAGCGGCGGCAAGCACGCAGCCGUCAUUAUGACUGGUGUUAUUGGUACUAUUUCGACACUUUCAGUCGCACUCCUCCUUCUCCAUCUCUUCUCCGUCUCUUUCGUUUCCAACCGCGUCAAUGCCAACAAGGAUGAGCGAAUCUUUUUGCGCAUGCAUCUCGGUGCCUUUGUCGUCUGUCUCUUACUCUCCGACUUUGUUCAGGGAAUCUCCGGCAUGUUUCAGCUCGUAUGGGCCAGCCACCGAGCCGUCACGAUGAACAAGCUCUGCACAGCUCAGGCAUCAAUGCUCCUCUUUGGUGACACGGGUACCGCGUUUUGGAACGCCGUAGUCGCCAUUCAUACGUUCUGGACCGUCGUGCUCGGCAAGCGCAUGUCGACUGUCGCAGUCGCCCUGAUCAUUGCUACCGGAUGGACAUUUUGUCUCAUACUCACCGUCAUUGGUCCGCUUGCAAUCCAAACGCCUGAGCGCGGGCCGUUCUUUACAAUUGCUGGAGCGUGGUGCUUCAUCCAGAAUGAAUACUCUAAAGAACGAAUCUACCUACAUUACGUUCCAAUGUUCAUCUCUGCCUUUAUCAUCACCGUCCUCUAUCUUCUAGUCGCCCUCGUCCUCUUCGGCAUAUUAAUCGUUGAUGGCACUAAAUGGCGCUUUCGAGCACCCCCACGCCGCAAAGGCAACGGCAUCCGCGACUUUUUCGGCCAAUUUUCUUGGGGCCGCCUGGGCCUGCGACCAAGUGCGAAUACCAAUACACUCUCGCAUUCAGUUUCCUCGGGAGGCACACGAUCCUUGGGCGUGCCGGGAGUAGGAACGGGCCGUGGCACAAACUCGAUCCGACUUGCCAGCGUCCCCCACCGCUCGACAAACGACCUCCACGAUCCAAUCUCCUCUGUCAAUGGCGUCGCUGUUCAGAGCAUUGACCUCACGAGUGCGCGUCCUGCGACUGGAUCGACUGCGCAUACGCGCGACGACUCGAUGGACCAUGAACGUGGCAGACCGAGCACGGCAAAGAAGAUUAGCCUCCAGCAAACCGACAAGCGGGAACAAAAACAGCAAGCCGCACAAGCGGCAACUCAAAUGUCUGUGGGGCCCAAUCAACCCAACGGCCGGAGUCUGCAGCUCAAGACGUUGGCCAUCAAAAUGUUAUGGUAUCCUGUCGUGUACCUCAUUCUCAUCCUCCCCAUUGCCAUUUCGCGUGUCGAUUCGAGAGUCAAAGUCUCGCUUGACGUUAUGCUCGGCUUUUUGUGUCUGCUCUGGCUGAUGGGCACGGCUAACACGAUCAUUUACGUCUGCACACGCCGUUUGGGUCCGACUCCGUGGGCGAGGAGGAACACCAUGUCGUUUUCGCGCACCAGGAGCAAGUCCGGCGGCGUCGGCGGUGGACGCGUCGAGCGAUUCGAUGCGACUGGGACCUCACGCAGUGUCGCUCCCGUUCAGAUCCUCGUCAACCAGUAUACGCAUCAUGCCACGGAUGAGCAGCUCGUCAAUAUUACGCGCGAAAAGGCGACUUCGUCCAUUGGGAGUGCGUACACGGGACCGGAUGUCCCUAUCGUAGCCAUGACGAAGAACGCGAGUGCCUUUGGUGGACGGGAGAGGAUUCCUUCGGAUAGCAAAGUUGGCUUUGACUUGGAGGAUAAUCGACAGAGCACACCCUACCACCUCCCGCGUACGUCUAUCUAUGGACGUCCACAGCCUGUCCCGAGCGUAGUACCGCAACAACAACAACAACAACAACAACAACAGCAGCAGCAGCAGUCAACAAUAGAGACUAGAUCACCACCACGACCAUUACCUCCACUCCCUACAUCACCACCAGCCACCACGGAAAUCCGCUUUGAAGAACCGCACCCAUACUCUCGCGCACAGUCGCCCUCUCAUCUCAACCGCAGCCUCUCUCACUCGAACGCGCAGACGCAGUCAAGGAGACACGAGGUCGCUGGAUCGUAUUACCUCGACGACGACCAAGACAGCCUCUACGCACCCUCGCAGCUCCGCCGAUACUCGUCGACUGGUCCGCGCGCGUAUUGA